ACGCCUCGACCGGAAGUGACGAAAGUAGCCACGAGCGUGACGAACGGCUUGUUCGAAAAUACAACAAGGAAGUGACCCUUUAUUGUAAAGGAACAAUAAUCACCGGAUAACUUCUCCUCGAGCCGGGGGGUCGCUGCGCUCGGUUAUUGGGUUCCGGGGGGUAACGUAACCGUGGACUUGCCCGAGAGCCCGUUUCUGACCGUCUCGAGGGAUUCUGCUUUUAGCCAGCUAUAGCUAGCUAGCGAUGAACACGGACGUGGAAUUUCACAUCAGGCAGAAUGACCCGUGGACCAAGCUUCCAGCAAAUGUCAAACAGAGUUUGGGGAACUCUCAGCGUGAGUAUGAGAAGCAUGUGCUGCUGUACAGCAUCCGCAACCAGCUGCGAUUCCGCAAUAACCUAGUGCGCCAUGUGAGGAAGGAUGAGCGCAAGUAUUAUGAAGAGCUCCUGAAGUACAGCCGGGACCACCUGAUGCUGUACCCCUACCACCUGUCUGACAUCAUGGUCAAAGGGCUACGCAUCACUCCGUUCUCAUAUUACAUAGGAAUCAUGGAGGAUAUUAUGAACAGUGAGAAGAGUUAUGACUCCUUGCCCAACUUCACUGCUGCUGACUGUCUGCGGCUGCUUGGCAUCGGGAGAAACCAGUACAUUGACCUAAUGAACCAGUGCAGGUCGUCCAAAAAAUUCUUCCGCAGGAAAUCAGCGCGGGACCUGCUUCCGGCCAAACCAGUGGAAAUCUCUGUGGAGCCGUGGUGGACGGCACAGACAGGCUACAUCACCGAGGACGAUAUCAGGAUCUGUUCUCCAGGAGAGAAGAAAGCCAUUGAUAAGAUGAUAGAUUCUGGUCCUCAGCUGGCUGGACCAAUGGAGUACAAUGUGGUCUUAAGCUUGUACAACCGAGGAUUCAUCUACUUGGAUGUUCCCAUAGCUGAUGACAGCUGCAUUUCAGUGCCCCCGCUGGAAGGCUUUGUCAUGAACCGCGUCCAGGGCGAUUACUUUGAAACACUGCUCUACAAAAUCUUUGUGUCCAUUGAUGAGCAGACAAACGUAGCGGAGCUGGCGAAUGUGUUGGAGAUUGACUUGGACUUAGUGAAGAAUGCAGUUUCCAUGUACUGUCGUCUCGGCUUCGCUGUAAAGAAAGGUCAGGUGAUCAGCUCAGACCAGCUCCACCCCACCUGGAAGAAUGCCCCAUCUGUCAACAGACUCAAGAGCACCAUGGACCCUCAGAAGAUGCUGCUGUCCUGGGAGCAGGGCAGUCCUGUCAUGGAGGGAGGCUCCUCAGCCACCGACACCGACACCACCAGUCUGGAAGAAGCAGACACAGGAAGUGUAAGCAGCCUGAGCAUACCAGCUGCACCCACAAAGAGGAUUGCCUUCCUCUUUGACUCUACUCUCACAGCCUUCCUCAUGAUGGGCAACCUGUCUCCGAACCUGAAGAGUCAUGCAGUGACCAUGUUUGAGGUGGGUAAGCUGUCUGAUGAGACUCUGGAUACCUUCCUGGCUGAGUUGGAGAAGGUGGAGAGCACAGCAGAGGGCGAGGCCCAGCGUUACUUUGACCAUGCUCUGACCUUGAAAAAUACCAUCCUUUUCUUGCGCUACAACAAAGACCUCACUCAGGACCAGGGACCUGAUAUCCCAAAUAUAGGCUUCCCCUUGGACAUGUUGCGCUGUGAGAGCCUGCUUGGUCUGGACCAGGCCACCUGCAACCGUGUCCUCAACAAGAACUACAAGCUGCUGGUCUCAAUGGCGCCGCUGAGCAACGAGAUCAGGCCCAUCAGCAGCUGCACGCCUCAGCACAUUGGCCCGGCUAUUCCUGAGGUUAGCUCCAUCUGGUUCAAGCUAUACCUGUACCAUAUCACCGGCCAAGGCCCGCCCUCUCUGCUGCUCUCAAAAGGCUCCAGGCUCCGCAAACUGCCGGACAUAUUCCAGGCCUACGACAAGUUGUUGAUCACUUCCUGGGGUCACGACCCCGGAGUCGUGCCUUCAUCCAACGUUCUGACCAUGCUCAACGAUGCCCUCACACACUCUGCUGUACUGAUCCAGGGUCACGGUAUGCACGGCCAUGGAGAAACCGUUCACAUCCCAUUCCCCUUUAAUGCAGAAGAUCUGAAAGGAGAGUUCUCCUACUCCAACAUGUGUGUGCACAAGGCGCUCCAAAAGCUGAAGGAGAACGUGGACCUGAAGCAUCAGUGUGGCUACAUCACCAUGCUCAACGCCAACAACAGGCACCGUCGCAGGGCCAGCGACAGUACGGAGUGCAGAGGUGCAUGGGACACCCAUCUAGGUGGAGGCCUGGACACCAACGGCAGCACUGAGUCCUUUGAGCUUGUGACAGAAGAAAACAACGGGGAAAUCAAAGGAAAGACAGACAACCUUUCAUCUGAAGAUGAGUGGGUCCCUCUUGAACUGUGCUUCGGCAUGCCCCUCUUCAGCUCUGAGCUGAACCGCAAAGUGUGUCAAAAAAUUGCCUCGCACAAACUGUGCAGCAACGAAAGCCUUCAAGAGCUACUUCACUUAAGCCGAAAGCUUUCACUGAAGGUGUUGAGCUUUGUGCAGUCAUUCCAGGACGGCAUGCAGCCCGCUGACCUGGACAGUGGCAUGUCGAACCCUCUUAGUCAGCCCCCAGCGGAGUCUGGUGUCCCCCUGCCCGCCCUCAACCUCCUCUUCAAGGAAGGGCAGCUGAGCGAGUGGAGCGGACGGGCCCCUCCUCCUCUGGACAUCACAGCUCUGCAGAAGGACCAACCCACAUAAGCCACACCCCUCAAAACUUCCAGAUUCGGUCACAAGUUUAAAAUGAAAAAACACAAUCUCAUCGAAAAGGACCACCCUCUCACUGAGGAAAUUGUUAUUCAAGGUCCAACCCUGCAUCUUGUCUGUCAGUAUCCAGUCAGGGGAACAUGAGCUCCAGCACUUCAUUCACCUACUGUAUGAGGAAUCAUCCUUCUGACUGUGUUGCCAACACUAGUUCAAACCCCCUUUGCUGAUCCCCUCUGUGAUUCCUUAUAUGCGUAGCAAGGCAGUGUUAUCUUAAGGAGUGGUGCUAUUAUCACAACAGUGGGCCAGGUAAACAACAUAAAACCUGAAAGACCACCUCAACUGGACACUCCACUGCCCCCCAACCCUACCCUUCAAUCAAUGGAUGUUCUGUGAGAGCAGAGUGAAUUGGUUAAUAAUUGUAUAGAUGUUCUCAAAAUGACCCACAAAAUAAACGUGACGUAAAAAUGACGUAAUGAACAGACAUUUUCAGGAAUCAUUCAACAAUAUGCAUAUUCUAGGACCAAGUUGUUGGACUUAUCAGACGGAGUCCAGAUACAGACCCCGCUGCCUCCCUAUGUUGUCUCAUGUUAAGUGAUCUCAUGCAUGAUACUGUUGCACUACUUCUACCAUAAAAGAAUACUUUUCUCUUUACUUGUAAUCAAUAUUGGGGUCAUUUAUGGUUUGCACUGUGCAGAAUUUGUCCAAACCUGUGGAUGAAGUAAUGUCAUGUAAUUUCCUUUUUUUUGUAACCUUGGAUCCCUUGUAAUGCGCACAUGGUUUACAACAAGAACAUGUUUCCUCUUGGAAAUGGACAGGGCACCAUAAAAAACUGCAGUUUUUAAAAAAAAUUCUUUGUUAUAAUUUUGAACACCAAAGAUCAUUUUCUUUUCAUAUAUAUUAUUUUUUUAAUCUUCUGUUUUACGGUCCUUUUUAUUUUAUUCUACUGCCUUUUAUUAUUGUCAGCCUAUCAAAAACAACCAUGUCUUUGUUUAGGUGUUUGUUUUUCCAUUUAUUAGAUUUACAAAUUAUUUAUUUGAAUGAUUGUCUAAAACCAAUAAAAUCAACAACUACAAACUACCAACCAUCACCACUGAAGAAUUCGACAAGAUUAACUGAGUGUACCUAAUUGCAUAGAACGGGAACAGUCAGGUCUGUGUGUUUGACCCAGGCCUGGUGCCACUGUUCCAUGCCAGUAUCUCUCUGGAUCAGCUCCAGGUUUGUGUGCAGGGCGCUCUUGGCCAGCCCACCACACUCUCCAAGGCUGUCAUAGACCCCUGGGAUAGAAAUGCAACUGCUUUGCCCAGCAUAUCAGAGAUGUGAUGGCCCAAAAAGUGUCUGAAGUCUGUCAUGAAUUUUUUGUGUGGCUCCAAUAAUAUACUUUUUUUUUUUUAAGUACUUUUUAUUGCAUUUAGAAUGCUAUUAUGCUUGAAUUGUUCCUCUUAUUUUUUCAUUGCAGUUGUUGACCCAUUUGUGGUUGUUGUUUCUAAUAACGUGAAGCUGACAUAGACAAAAAAAAAAAA